AAAUCCCGCAAACAAAAAUCCGACUUGGCACGUCCACAUCCACCAGCUCAAGCUUAUAGUAUAUCGCUUGUGAGCCAUAGUUUCCACUACGUACUUACUGAGUGAGUCCUCCUCCUCCUCCUGAGCAUAAUUGGGGCAGGACGCCGGUAGCUGAGAGAGAGAGUAGUUGAGAGAGAGAGAGAGAGAGAGAGCAGGUGAAGGUCAAGGUUAAACUGAAAUGGUUUCUCUGGCAGCAUCAACAGCGGCUGCUUCCCUUGGUGUGUCUGAAUUGCUUGGAAACAGUCUGAACAACUUUAGCGGCGCAGCCAGGUCGGCCCCUUCAGCCACCACCCCAGCCACCUUCAAGACCGUCGCACUCUUCUCCAAGAAGAAGGCCGCACCCCCUCCCAAGGCCAAGGCUGUUGCUCCUGCUGACGAAGAGCUCGCCAAGUGGUAUGGUCCUGAUAGAAGAAUCUUCUUGCCUGAGGGGCUCUUGGACCGCUCAGAGAUCCCAGAGUACUUGACUGGAGAAGUUCCUGGCGAUUAUGGAUAUGAUCCUUUUGGGCUAGGCAAGAAGCCAGAAAACUUCAGCAAAUACCAAGCAUAUGAGCUAAUCCAUGCUCGGUGGGCUAUGCUUGGUGCUGCCGGAUUCAUCAUCCCAGAGGCCUUCAACAAAUUUGGUGCUAACUGCGGCCCUGAGGCUGUCUGGUUCAAGACAGGAGCUCUACUCCUUGAUGGGAACACAUUGAAUUACUUUGGUAAGAACAUACCUAUCAAUCUUAUCUUUGCUGUUGUUGCUGAGGUUGUUCUUCUAGGUGGAGCAGAAUACUACAGAAUCACAAACGGCUUGGAUUUGGAGGACAAGCUUCACCCAGGUGGUCCUUUUGACCCAUUGGGGCUCGCUAAGGAUCCAGACCAGGCUGCAUUGCUAAAGGUGAAGGAGAUUAAGAACGGAAGACUUGCCAUGUUUUCCAUGCUUGGUUUCUUCCUGCAAGCUUAUGUCACUGGAGAAGGUCCUGUCGAAAACCUAGCAAAGCAUCUCAGUGAUCCCUUCGGCAACAACUUGCUUACUGUGAUCGGUGGCUCUGUGGAAAGAGCUCCAACCCUGUAAUUUUAAGUUUCCUCUUGCCGCUCCACUCAAAAUUCAAGUGCAUUGUAUAUCACAUUCCGUCCUUUUUAAGGCAUUUAACCUUAAUCCUUGAAUGGAAUUGCAGCUGCUUUUCAUUUUAUA